AUGUUAAAAAGAAAAGGCGUCGGUGGGAAAUCAUUGAAGCGUGGCGGAGUAAAAAAAAAUGAGAAAGUCGAGUUAGAUCAAGGGCAAGAAGAUCUGCUCAAGGAAUCUUUGCAGGAGCUGAAAAGAGCUUUAGAGGAAGAAAGAAGCACGUCAAGCCGCAAUAUAUGUAAAGGGAUGUGGUGCGAUUCACCUGUCAACAAGGUCUUGGUCACCGUCAUCCGUGGAAAUCAUUUUCACAACAUGGGUCAUUCGAUCAACGGCGAACAUUGGUUGUAUCCAGAGGAAGCUUUGUUCUUAUUGGAACGCGGAGCAUUGACCGCUGAUUUUGAGGGUGUGCCCGUGUCAAUUCAACAGGCUUAUAUGCUGAUGAUGCGCGAAAGUAGGUUGACGCUUGAGAAAUAUCAGGUGUAUGCGUAUCUUAAGAGAAUAGGAUAUACGGUCACGAGACCACCACCAUCAUCUUCAUCGCGAGAGUUUAAAAGUGACUCGGAAGACACAAGCAUAAUAAAAAAUUUAUCCAUGUCGCGGUACCUGGGUCAUCUUGUUUAUCCGUUAUUAUCGCCUUUGACCUAUAUUACCCGAAAUUUCUUUUCAAAGAUUUUUUCCUCUCCUCUGACCCCAUCAAUCGAACCCAUGGUUAAACCGGGAUCAUGCUACACAUAUGAUCAAGUAUUUAAAAAAUUACAAAUAAUUCAAAGAUCAAAUGACACCGACCCAGAAUCAAUCUCUGCUUACAAUCUGGGUGACGUAGACGAUUACAAAGUGGACUUUUACGUAUACAAGAAAACGCAAAAUCGCAAGUUCAAAAAGAAACACCCUGGUGAACCUUUGUUUCGGGUAGUGGUUGCCAGCGCCGACGCGCAACGUCCACCAUCCUUGGGAAUGUUAGACAGACUAUUUAAAGAAGGUGAUAAGAAUGGUGGUGAUAGUAGCAGCAUAUUGUUUUCGAUUGUUAGUGGCGCGAAUGUGACAUUCUUGGAAUUCAAAGAUGUGAUGUUUACCGAGAAAAAAGUUGAUGUUGUGGGAAGUGAAUAA